AUGGAUGGCUGCCCUUCGUUUGUCAAGCUUUGGAUCCAACUCGCACUAGUCAUAACUGUCCUUUCAGCACCAGUAUGUGUCGCCUUGUACAUACAGAUUCGCUCGUCCCUUGAGGACAUACAGCAAACGCCCGAAGAACUUACCUUUACUCCUGCGAGAGCUGAACCGGCGGCGCAAGAGGGACAAAUAUUCUCCAAACCAGUUUACCCGAUUGACGCCUUCCCAGGAAACAGGCAGUUUAAGACUGUAUAUGGAACGAUCCAUGUGUUCGAAUGGGGUCCGGAGGAUGGGGAGAAGGUCUUGCUCGUGCAUGGCCUAGGUACACCCUGUAUAGCACUUGGCGACAUGGCGAAAGAGUUGGUUAGAAAAGGCUACAGGGUUAUGAUAUAUGAUCUGUUUGGUCGAGGCUAUUCCGAUGCACCAAAUGACUUAGUUUUUGAUGCAAGACUCUACACCACACAAAUUCUGCUUGUGCUCUGUUCCUCCCCGCUAUCCUGGACUGGAACGUCCGCCUUCCACAUCAUCGGCUUUUCCCUCGGUGGCUCGAUCGCCGUGGCUUUCGCCGCCUACCAUGCGACUAUGCUUCGUUCCAUAACCCUGGUUUGCCCAGGGGGACUCAUCCGCACGUCGCACAUGAGGCCUCUGGACCGAGUACUAUACUCAUCUGCCAUGAUUAUACCGGAGUGGCUACGCCUCAAGCUCUUUCGUGCCAGUUUGGAGCCUAGGAACGGUGCUGCUUGUGCUGAUGUUCCUGGAGAAAAAGAGGACGAGGACGACUUGGCAUUUGAUGAUGUGCCUAUCGCGGAAGAUCGGCCACAUGUCACUGUUGGAGAUGUGAUUCGAUGGCAGUUAGGAGCCAAUGCUGGCUUUGUGCGGUCCUACCUGAGUACGCUCCGCAGUGCUCUAGUCUAUAGAAGACAUGACAGAAUGUGGAGAAUUCUGGCCGACGAGCUUGCCAGAAGAAGAACCGCGGAUGCUCUACCGGGAUUGCCGGGCGGAAAGGUCUGCCUUAUAGUGGCCGAGAGAGACGUCAUUGUUGUGGGAGAUGAAUGUGCCACUGACGCGGGUGAGAUACUUGGGACAGAAGCCGUGGAGAUUCAUGUCCUGGGCGGAGGGCACGAGAUUGCCAUCUCGAGAGCGAGAGAUGUAAACUCAAUAGCCAUGGAAUUCUGGAAUAGACUAUGA